AUGUCGGGACAGAUUGAGGAACCGGCGAUCGAGUUCAAGUCUGAACAUGGGCGAAUCCUGCAGACAGACGCCUUCGACCUCUUCGACACGAUCACAGUGAACGUUGGCAAUGAGGGAACCAAGUUUCCGGUCCAUGAAGCUGUCAUCAGGAGAAGCUCAAGGUUCUUCGACAAGGCCAUGAAGGAAGAGUGGGCAGCAUCUCGUGUUGAUGCGCGCACCGUCACUCUUGUCGACGAAGACCCGGCUAUCUUCAAAAUUUACCUUCAUUGGUUGUACUUCAAGACAUUCCCUACUGUCACCACGAAGAAUACAGGGAGGUUCAAUCAUGAGACCGGUAUGCUUGGCAAGAGCUACGUUAUGGGAGAGAUGCUCAUGGAUACUGCAUUCAAAAACGCCGUCUUAGUCGCCUUCCGUGACGCCCUUCUCAAUCAGCCUUUCUACAAGCCACUACGUCCCGGCUCCAGCAUAGUCAAGACCAUAUACGAUGGAACUCCGGAGGGAUCCCCCGGCAGGCGCUUCAUGGUUGAUGUGUGGGUCAGAGAGGCGAAAGAGAAUUGGGCUAUUCACCUUGACGAUAUGCCGCUCGCCUUCACGCUGGACUUGUCAAAAGCGUUUAUGGCAUGUGCGAGGACACCCAAUUCAAAGAUGACCUCGUGGACAACAAGCAUGAAGGACUUCAUGGAGACAUAG